GAGUCGAUCGAGACCAGAAGAUAUUUGGAUGGGAUGUAUGCAGCGGACGAGUGCUAGCAGUGGCACGGGCAGAGUGCAUAGAGGAAGUAGAGCACACGCAGUGCAGGCAGGCAGGCAGCGGCAGGGCGUGGCGAGAGCUUGACGCGGCAACCACCACCACCAACACCAACACGCCCCGGCCGGCGAGCUGACCACCAGGGCGAGGGACUCAGGGAGCUCAUCUCAUCAGUCAUGGGCCGAUGAGCGAGCAGCUCGCCAUGUAUGUAUGCUGCUUUUCCUGCCUGCCGAGCCGUCGCCCCCACCUUUUUCCCGUUUCCUGCUCGCUCGCUUGCUUUUUGCGGCGAUGAGAUCUUUGGUUUGGUUGGUUUCUUUGAGACCCAGGCGUCCAAAUCACCCUGCCUUUUGAUCCCAAUUUCCUCCUUUUCCCUGCCCUCCCAACACAAAGCAAGAUUCUUGCUUGUGCGAGUUAUGUCGGGAAAGAUUUGGUCGGCCAGGCUCUCCCUCUGAAGGACUGAGACGCUAGCCACUUUAAUUUGCACGACAAAAGGAGGAAGCCUUGCUUUCGGUGUGCCGCCGAUCGAGCCUGACGGAGAUGGCGCACGAUCCCAGCCUGGGCUUCGCGGAUUACUUCUCGGCGGCGGCGGACGCCACGGCGAUGGAGGAGGGGGCGCCCGAGCUGUACGGCUUGCACGCCGACAUGGAGUUCCUGGCCAUGCGAGGAGGCCUGGCCGCCAUGCCGGCCGCGACGCACGGCCACGGUCACGGUCACAACAAGGCCGUGCUCGACGACGACGCGGGGCCAGACGGCGGCUCCGCCACGGACGCGGCCACCAUGCAGUUCCUGAGCUCCGGCGGCCACCAGCAGCAGCAGCCGAGCCAGGCGCCGCUGUCGCUGUCGCUGUGCCGGCCCGAUGGCGCCGGCGGCGUGGGCGUGACUUUGCACGAGCACCUCGGCGGCUCCUCCCGGCACCAUCAGCAGCAGCCGCCCCCCGCGGCGUGGAUGGAGCACGACUACUCGGCGGCCACGCAGGGGACGCAGCACGCGGCGGCGGCGUGGCACCUGCGCAGCUCGAGGUUCCUCCUCCCGGCGCAGCAGCUCCUGCACGAGUUCUGCAGCCUCCCCGUCGACAGCGCCGCGAAAAACAAGCAGCGCGCCAAGCAGGCAUCAUCAACGGCAAAGCCGCCGCCGCCGCCGCAGCAGCAAGAAGACGGCGGCGAGGGUUCGUCGUCGUCGGCCUGCUGGGCCCCGUCGCCGCAGAUCCAGGCCAUGGAGGCGCUGGAGCUGCAGCGGCUCAAGGACAAGCUCUACAUCAUGCUGGAAGAGGUGGACCGGAGAUACAGGAGGUACUGCGAGCAGAUGCGUUCGCUGGCUGGCGGGUUCGAGGCGGUGGCCGGGGAGCGCGCGGCGGCGGCGUACACGGCGCUGGCGUCGCGCACCAUCUCGCGGCACUUCCGGAGCCUGCGGGACGGGAUGGUGGCGCAGCUGCAGGCGGCGCGCAAGGCGCUCGGGGAGAAGGCGGACGUGUCCGUGCCCGGGAUGACGCGCGGGGACACGCCACGCCUGCGGGUGCUCGACCAGUGCAUCCGCCAGCACAAGGCGCUCGGCAUGCCGGAGACCCACCCGUGGCGACCGCAGCGCGGCCUACCCGAGCGCGCCGUCACCAUCCUCCGGGCCUGGCUAUUCGAACACUUCCUGCACCCGUAUCCAAGCGACGUGGAUAAGCACAUUCUGGCUCGCCAAACGGGCCUCUCACGGAGCCAGGUGUCCAACUGGUUCAUCAAUGCGCGGGUGAGGCUGUGGAAGCCCAUGGUGGAGGAGAUGUACGCGGAGGAGAUGAAGGCGGACGCCCAGCAGCAGGACGAUGACGGCGGCGGUGCCAGCUGCGGGGGGCAGCAGAGCACAAACCCUAAUUAUAACCCUAGCAGCAGCGAGGCGGCUGAUGCCGCGGACAGAGGAGGUGUGGACCGGAAGCCGACGCGGGAGCAGCUCAUGAUGCACGACGCGGGCUCGCUCGCCUCGGUCGUGAACAUCGGCGGCGCGGGCGGCGCCGGCGUCUCGAGGCUGGACAACUUGGGCAUCAUGGUGGACCACCUGGACUUCGACUCGUACGGCGGGGACCAGCAGCAGCAGCAGCAGGCCGCGGGCGGCUUCGGCGGCGUGUCCCUGACGCUGGGCCUGCAGCAGCACGACUCUCACGACGGCGGCGUGAACAUCGCGUUCGGCGCGCCGACGCCGCCGUCCGCGCACCACCACGGCGGCGCCGCGGGGUAUCUGUUCGCGACGGUGGGCGGUCAGCAGCAGAUGGACAGCGGCGUGCACCCGGGGCCGCACGGCCACCACGCCCAGUUCGGCGCGGCGGCCGGCAUCGAAAGCGGCGAGGCGCAGGAGCACUACCGGAGCCUCGGCGCCGGGUUCCACCUUCUGCGUGACCUGGCCGGGUGAUAGAGAUCGAGAGCGAGCGAGCUCGCUGCGGGCGGAUGAUGAGUUGUGACCGAUGGGGAUGUCGUACCGGCGCCUAGCGUGCGUCCGGUCCAGUGCCGCAAUUGUUGGGCUCCGACUCCGAUCGAUCCCCCGGCCGGCCGGCGCGCGGCAGGUGAUGAUCGAGGUCUCCAUCGAUCGAUCGCCACCGCGCGCGCGCGCCGAGUUGGCCUACUGCCGCCUGCUGUGCUGUGUUAUUAUGUAGUAGCAUGGGAGAAUGAUGGAGCAGUAGCAGUUUGGACGCGCGCAGGCGCAGCUAACCGGCCGGCCGGAGGUAGCUAGUGGACGACACACGCAUGCAUGCAGCUAGUUUAAUUGUUUGUCGAUCAAAUUGGUGAAGGGCUGAAGGCAUUCAAAAACUCAAUUUAUGCCAGGCGAUACAUGUUGCUCGAUCACAUCAGUUGAUGCAUGCAUGACCAUGAAUUGUUUAUAUAUUAACCUAUACUGUAUAUGCAUCUUGUGAUUAAUAAUUGCUAGUAUUGCCACA